UUGACCGUUCUCUGUCGAUCUCCCCACUCGCACCAGCAGCGCGUGCCCCGAUCAUUUGAUUUAAACCCCGCCCACAAUUUCUCUGUUCUGCUUGUAUUCAUAGUGUUAAUGGCGGAUCAGUACACCAAGCCUUGCUCUUCUUCUCCUGUGCCACCGUCAUCCGCUUCGGAACCGGACGAAAUAUCUCUCUUUCUCCACCAGAUUCUUUUCCGGUCGUCGUCGUCGUCGUCAACCACAUCGCUUCACAAUGCCAAACUUAUGCCGAGCGAGUUUCUGUCGGAGAAUCCUCUCAGACAGUGUCGAUCCCCUCUUAUUUCCGGCUCGGAUCGCCUCGUUCUGGACGGAAUGAACUCCUCCACCGGCGUUUAUUUUCCCGUGAGUGCCGGAACUGCGUCUUCGUCGGCUGGAGGCUUCGACAAUGAAUUGGACGAGUACGACUGCGAGAGUGAGGAAGGUCUUGAAGCAUUGGUGGAAGAUGUGGCGACAAAGGCAGCUCCUCUGCGAAGUUCGUCGAAGAGAAGCAGGGCUGCCGAGGUCCAUAAUUUGUCUGAAAAGAGGAGGAGGAGUAGGAUUAACGAGAAAAUGAAAGCGUUGCAGAAUCUAAUUCCAAAUUCUAACAAGACAGACAAGGCUUCCAUGCUUGAUGAGGCCAUCGAAUACCUCAAGCAGCUUCAGCUUCAAGUACAGAUGUUAUCAAUGAGAAAUGGGUUAAGUUUGCAUCCUAUGUGUCUACCUGGAGUACUGCCGCCUGUCCAACUUUCCCAGAUGAGAAUAGGCAUUGGAGAGGAAAAUGGAUCCCUGCAUAUGGACAUGACUGGCACACUUCCUGUGAACCAAGAAACCAUGGAAUACAGGCUAGCCAACCAAGGCACCUCCUCAAGUCAUCCAUCGGUGCCCAACUUGACAGAAAUAAUGAAUUCAGAAACUUCAUUUGGAUUGGAAUCAUCAAUCCAGGCUCACCUUGGACCUUUUCAGCUCCAAACAUCCUCUGCGGAUAUCUGCAGGGAAGACGUGUUGCCUCAUCAGCAGUUAAACAUAAGUUGUGCAGGAACAAAUUCAUUAGUGUCACUACCCUAUGAUGCACAAGCUUCUGGUGUGAAAGACAGCAACACUCUGGAAUCGUGCAUCCAAAGAAGAGAUCUGUCUGAAGGCAUGCUCCUAAAGAACAUUGAGCACAACCAAGUUCCUUUUCCCCAAUUGAAUGGCAUGCAUACAGGUAGAAGUGUUCCCAAUGAUGACAUGAAGACAGAUAGGCUUGAUUUUUGAAGCUUUAGUUGGUAUUCUACCCACUUUUAACAUUUUAAAAUUGUUGUAACUACAACUUCUGCAAGCUCCUCUAUUUCUUCAUCUAGCUCAAGAGGCCCUCAAACACGAAGCUGGUAUAUGGAUCAUAAUGCCUCUAAGAUGAGCUGGGAUUGAGCAGACUGGCUCUUCUUGAGUAUUGCUUGUAAGCUAACUGAGAAAAUGGGGUCGAUUCAUGUAAAGGCUUAUUUUUUCUUUCUUCCUUUUAGCAGUGAACACUCUUAUCUGAUAAUGAACUGCCGUAAGUGCAAGGAUGUAUGCUAUGCUCUACCUCUACAUUUAUCAAUUAGAAAUCUGCAAAUUACGUAAAA